AUACGUAUGGACUUGCUGGUUACAAAAUGGAAUGGCAUGACACCGAGUGUCGUCGAAUGGAUCCUGUUCCAUUUGACAAUGACCUCUGGACGUGCCAAGCCUGUGGAACAGUUGGUCCUCUCAGAUUCUUUGCUGACUCAAUUGGCAAAUGUGCGACCCCGGAGCUUGCGAGUAACGAUGACGUGCACAAAGAGCCCAUAAAACGUUUGUCGUGGCCAGCAUGUGUCGAAUAUUCUCAAGAAUCAUUCAGUCAAGAUAUUGAAAAGGCUUUGUGCCUCGUGAAAGUCAAUUACCCAAGAGUAGCCACAGGCGUAACUUACCGAGUGGGAGAAGUGAGCGAUGCUUACGGCCGAGAGAUACUCCCUGUAAUUUACCCCAAGUUUACAGAACGCUCGCAAAUCCGGCUUCUGGAGCUCUUACCUGGGCCUCGAGAAAAGGCCCUCGAAGGCCGAUUCCAGGUAGUCGACGUAGAGCAAACGCCAGCCUACCAAGCUUUAUCAUAUACAUGGGCAGAUGGUAACAAUGAUGCUUCCCUGUGUCAGCGCAUAUUUAUCGGCCUUGGCAAUAGAGCUCUGCCCAUCACGCUCAAUUGUCAUCAAGCACUGAGCCGUCUACGUCGCGAGACUGAGUCUUUGCUGAUAUGGGUGGAUUCUAUUUGUAUCAAUCAAUCUGAUCUUAGUGAGAGGUCUGACCAGGUUGCCAUGAUGGGCACUAUCUUCUCACAAGCAACGGAGGUACAUGGAUAUGUGGGCGAAGACCCUGACAGCAUCGAAGGCGGAGAGGUUGGGGCAAUGACCCUCCUCAAAGGUGAAUUCAAGUCCUCCAAACAGCCUUCGAGACAGUUUAACGACAAUGCCGAGGAUGCUUUUGGAAGAUUCUUCAAACGGCCAUUCUUUUCUCGCCUGUGGGUGGUACAAGAAGUCUUACUGGCCCGUUCCAUCAUCCUUCACUGUGGCGAUUCGACUACACCAGUAUCUGGGGACAUGUUUAUCAAAGCAAAGUCACGCAAGGCCGAAGUCCCUUGGUGGCUAACGCAAAUAGGAUGGAUCGGAUCACAUUCAAAGGGCGAUAUGCUGGAACUCCUCUCCGCAACCGCUCUCUGCAAGAUGAGCGAUAUCAGAGAUAAAAUAUUCGGCCUCGUUGGGUUGGCUGAUGGCAAGGAAGCCGAAGUAUUGAAAGCAAAUUACAAGCUGAUGGUACGAGAAGUAUACAUUGGGACUGCCCUGUACCUCAUCCAGCAAAGAAAGCGGCACAACAUCAUUGAACUUGCCGAGUCUAUGACAAACCUCAAACUUCGUUCUAUGUACGGCAUCCCCAGUUGGGUUCCAAUGUGGGAUUUGCAAGAGACUGCCUACAACUCAGUCGACCUAUCGGAGCGAUUGGGCGAGAUAGAGCUUGGCUGGAAAUUGCGUUGGCAUCGGGAUCCUAUUCUCUCGUCACUGACGGGGAACCCUCCCUCUCAUCUAUUCAGAACCGUCCCAUUCCUAACCAACUAUGACAUAGCAGGAAAUAUGAGCCCGACGACGCAAAGCUUCAAGGCUGUAGAUGCUGAGACAGGCUGUCUCAUCACAUCCGGGUAUGAGGUCGCCGUUUUAUAUUACACCAGCUUCAUGUCUGGUGAUGAAAAUGCCACAGUUGACGGCUUGUUUCGUGAGACAAAUUAUCAUAUGCUCAACAACUCCGUUUUCCUUGCCAUCAGCGGGCCCAUGUCAAAGUUCCGAGCCCAACCAGAACGUAUACUGGGGUUGAGUGACCUCCUUGCUUUGGUCAAGAUAUCCGGCUGCAGAAUGCCUUUUCUUGCCAAUAAGCAUAUACAGGAUGGAGAUACCGUCACAUACGAACUUCUUUAUCCAUGUGCCUCGGCUAUCAUCUAUUCGAUGAGCAAGGAUCAUCUUUACAGUAACCAUCCUGAUUUUGACAAAGUCUGCACCCUGGAAGUGUCGUAUCCCCUGACUCUGGAGAUUAUCAAAUUUCUCUAUCACUGGAGGCGCAUGCUCAAGUUGAGAAGCCAACCAUCUGACGUCAAUGAAGCUGAUUGCUCUUCCUUGAAAGACGAAGAAAUUCGUGCCUGGAACUUCUUCAUCAGACAUUCAGUUCUCACUGGUACUCAGGAGGUCUCAACCUUUUCAGGAGAAAGACAAGAGUGGAGGCUUGAACUGGAAUCAAGCCCUGGCUGGAAGACAAAUCGGCAAUCGGUACUAGUGGACAAUUUGCUGUCAGAGCUCGCGGAGCUCAUGAACUUUUGGAGCUCGGAAGCCUUGGAUGCUGUUGAGAAGCUGAUGGAAGAACUGGACAUUUCAAAGACGACUCAGGAAAUAAAGCACUGGCAGAGGACUCUUGGUCGUUUUUCAACACGCUUUUGCGCCCAAGGUUGGAAGGGCGACGCCGAUGCCCAGCGCUCGUUAGCAGAGGCAAAGCUUCGAACAUUGAAGAAAGCGCACGAGUUCCUCUUCAACACUUUCAGUAAACUAUUCCCCACAUGCGCUAAGAAAGAGACAAUGUUUUUGAUCCCGAUGGCGUUUGUUGAGAUUUCUCAGUUAUCGGAGUCGUGGCUGGGAGGUUAUCGAGAUGAGGAAGAAGCGAUUGCGAUCAUGGAUCAGAGGUGGAUGAACUGUACGAGCUUGUUUUCAGUACUGGCUGAGUCUGCGGAACUUCGUGGAGAAGCUAGACGAGUAUUAGAGGGAAGACAAGAGAUGUCGAGAAUGUUUGGCAUUGGGAGGGAAUCUGAAAGGAUCGUGAUCGAAUGAGGCCCAUAUUGGUUUAGCUUUCUACUCUCGAACAAUAUGAUUGGUAGAUGAGCCUAGUUAAAAACGAAAGAUAUUGGAGAGGCGCGGGUGUCUUCCUGAUUGAUCAAGAAAGGAAUAAAUGUGAUGUGUUUAUGCCGCUGCCCUGAAGAUCAGG